CAAGUUAACAUCUUUACCAUUAAUAUUUCAAAUAUUUUAUUUAUUUAAAAACCUUCUGUUCAACAAUAAAGUUCCAAUACUCGGCGUUUAUUCAUUGUGCGUAAUUGCUAGCUAAACUAAAUAAUAAUUGGUUCAUCAAACAUGAAGAUCAACUAUACUUACGUGAUACUGUUACUUGCAGUAUACGCUUUGUGGAUUUUUGGAGAAACUUUAUCCUGCGACCAAUGUGGCAGAGAAUGUGCCGAUAUAUGCGGGACUCGACAGUUUCGCGCUUGUUGCUUCAACAACAUGAAGAAGAGGCAAUUUAAUUCUGGAUUGCAGUCAUGGAUAAGAUCGCACCGGUACAUAGUCCGAUUGCAUUCAACCUCGAAUCAUGACAUGCAUUAGUUGCUAGACAAAAAUGACAUAACGUGGAACAUCGAAUUUACAGUAUUUCAUUGCGCUACUAGUCCGCUUUGUCGAUACAUAUGUACUCAGGGAUAGUACUGUUUAUGAUUUAUAUCAUUCUAAUUGCACAGUAUUAUUAAUUUUAGCAUCUUGCGUUAACUUAAAGCUAAUUAAUAUACUUCAAAUAGUUUACGUGCUAGUCAAUUGUUUUCAACAAUCAAAAGAAUAUUAUGAUAAUUAAAGUUAC